AUGCCUUUUGCUGAAGGUGACGCUAAGAAAGGUGCUGGCCUGUUCAAGACCCGCUGUGCUCAGUGCCAUACCGUCGAAGAGGGUGGUCCUAACAAGGUGGGUCCUAACCUUCACGGCAUUUUCGGCCGCAAGACUGGUCAGGCCCCCGGCUUCAGCUACACGGCUGCCAACGUGAACAAGGGUAUCACUUGGAACGAGGAGACUCUCUUCGAGUACCUUGAGAACCCCAAGAAGUACAUCCCUGGUACAAAGAUGGCUUUCAACGGUCUCAAGAAGGAUAAGGACCGCAACGACCUCGUCACGUACUUGCGUGAAGCCUGCUAA